AUAUAAAUAAAAAAAUGAUUGUAGACAAAGUUGUAUUAAUUACAGGUUCUUCGUCAGGUAUUGGAAGGUGUUUAACCAAGGCAUUUUUCGAAUAUGGGUUCAGGGUAUAUGCAUCAAGUAGAGACGUUCUAUCAAUUAAAGAUUUCGAAGAUAUGGGUAUUAAUACAUUGCAAAUCGAUGUAAAAGACUCACAAUCUAUCAAAGAUGCAGUCAACUAUAUUAUAGAGAAAGAAAAGAAAAUUGAUGUUUUGGUUAACAAUAGUGGUGUUUGUUAUUAUGGUCCUGCUGUAGAAUUACCAGAUUCAGAGCUUGAUGAAAUGUUUCAAACUAAUUUCUUUGGUACCGUUAAAUGCACAAAAGAAGUUGCACCACAUAUGAUAAAAGAAAAAUUAGGGUUAAUUGUAAAUGUUGGAUCUGUAGCAGGUUAUUUACCAAUGCCAAUUUCAUCGGGAUAUUGCAGUUCAAAAGCUGCUUUACACAGCUGGAGUGAUAGUCUAAGAGUAGAGUUGGCACCAUUUAACAUUAAAGUAUUAACUGUCGCACCAGGACCAAUAAAAACAGAUAUAGUUAACAAGGGUUUACCAGGCUUAGAGGAAAUUGUUUCAAAUCCAAAUUCGCCAUAUGCACCAAUUUUUAAUGAAAUUAUGGAUAGACCAAGAACAUCAUUAAAAAAUCAAGUACCAGUUCAAGGUUUGGUUGAUUCUAUUAUGAAAAGAAUAUUUUCAAGAAACAGCUCAGGAGUUUUAAGAUAUGGUCCAGGUUCAACUGUUUUAUUAUUAUUAUCAUAUUUACCAUCAAGAUUAUUAGAUUUUAUAUUUAGUAAAAAAUUUGGAUUUAAUAAAUUAAAAUCAAUAGUUAAUAAAAACAAUAGCAAUAGCAAUAAUAAUAAUAAUAAAAAAGAAAAUUAAAUAAAUAUAUAUUGAUAAACUAU